AGAAGAAGAAAGAAGAAGACAAGUCGCAAUAUUUUAUUCUCUUUUCUCACAGAAACCCAAAGAAACUUCCCAAGUCUCCCUCUUUCCUCCUUCCCGAUUCCUUCCGUUCAAAAAAUUUCCAAUCUUUCCUCUUCUUCAACCCUCAAAACCCUAAAUUCACCCCCUCGAUAAUCUAAUCUGAUUUGGGUUUUGAUCAGUAAUCGGAUCUAGGUCUGAAUUCCGAAUCAGAAUCUGCAAAAAAAAUUGAUUAUGAGGAAGAGAGAGAGAGAAAACCCUUGUUCAAUUUGUGGGCAUUACCAUAAGUACGAGGAAGGAGAAGUCUGUGGAAUCUGCGGCCACCGUAUGCCGGAUACCUCCGUCGUGCCGGCUCCGCAAGUCCACGUCAGCGCUUUUCCGACGGAGAUCUUGCCGGAGUUUCUUUAUCUCGGGAGCUACGACAACGCCUCUCGCUCUGAGCUUCUCAAGACUCAGGGAAUUUCUCGCGUUCUUAAUACCGUUCCUAUGUGCCAGAAUCUCUACAGGAACUCAUUCACUUAUCAUUGCCUUUCAGAUGAAAAAGUAUUACAAUUUGAUGAUGCUAUCCAGUUCUUAGACCAAUGUGAGAAGGAGAAGGCACGUGUUCUUGUGCACUGCAUGUCGGGGAAAAGCAGAUCACCAGCGGUUGUUAUAGCGUAUUUGAUGAAACGUAAAGGGUGGAGACUCGCCGAGAGUCAUCAGUGGGUUAAACAACGGAGACCUACAACUGACAUAGUUCCAGAGUUCUACCAACAACUGGAGGAGUAUGAGCAGACGAUAUUCGGAUCAAGAGAUGGGAUGAUGUCAGCGAUGAACAUCAACGAUGCUCCAACAUUUGGGUUUGGUUUCCCUAAGGUUAAUAAUAUUCAAGCCCCGCAAGUCCCUGUGUUCAACAAUGCUCCUACUUCGUCUAUAUUUUCAUCUCCUGCUUCAAGUAUCCCUCCUCAAGAGUUCACAUUUGGAGCAGCUCCGGCUAAGCCAACAACAAGCGGUGAUAUUACCAUGGAUGGCUCUUAAAACCCAAAUCUUCAUACUCUGCAAGAAUAUCCACCAAAAAAACAAAAAUAUACUGCUCUGAGGAUAUUUCUUUUUUUUUUUUUUUUGUAAAUGGAUAUUAGUGCAUGCUUGAGAGAGUUGGGUUUGAGAAACAUUACAUGAGAUGAAUCUUUGUUGUUUUUGGUGUUUUGCCUCUAUCUCUCUUUGCUAAUGGAAGCAUCUUUGUCUGGUUUA